GUUAUUUGGUGGAGAUUAUCCGUUAAUGCAAAAAUUUGCCGUUCGAAUAUUAAGUCAAACCGCAUCUUCCUCGGGUUGUGAACGUAAUUGGAGUGUCUUUGAAAGGAUUCACACGAAGAAAAGAAAUAGGUUGGAACAUGAAAGACUAAAUGACCUUGUGUUUGUUCAUUACAACUUGCGUUUACAAAAUAGGCUCAAAUAUGCUAAGAGAUCCUAUGAUCCGGUUGAUUAUGAAAGUAUUAAUCAUUCGGAAUUUUGGGUGGUUGAAGAAGAGCCGGAAGGAGAACUUGAUAAUGAUGAUAUAGAUAACAUGUUUGGUGAGGAAGAAAUGUACCGAUUUCUCAAACACAAGAAUAUGGAAGAUAGCCAAACUGAGCCUGUUCAAUCAAGGUUUAGAACAAAAUCAGAUAAAGCGUGGGAGUAUGUCACUUCUCAAAGCGAUGAGAAAGGUAAAACUGUAUACAUUUGUGAUUUUUGUCAAAAAAUGGUGCGUGGUGGUGGAAUAACUAGAAUGAAGAAACACCUUGCGGGCAUUAAAGGUGAUAUAGAACCUUGUAAAAAAGUACCGGCGGAUGUUCGUUUUACUUUGCAAGGAAUUCUGAAAGAAAUUGAAGUUAAAUCUAGAGGUAAGUCUACUGCCGUUGGAUCUAGUGUUGACGUCGUAGACGACGAAGAAGUUGUUGAAAUAAAUGACCAAACGCAAAAGGGAAAGAGGAAAGCAAAAUCGAAUUUGCAUCCUUUCUUUACAAAAGCUAUAAACGAUCCUUCUCAACCUACGAUUAAAAAAGCUAUGCAAUGUAAAGAAAAGGUACAUGAUGUUGACUUGGCUAUUGCUAUGUGGUUCUAUGAUGCUUGUAUACCUAUGAAUGCUUGUAAUUCUCCUUAUUUUCAACUUGCGGUAGAUAAAAUAGCAUCUAUAGGUUAUGGUUACAAAGCACCUAACUAUCAUGCUUUAAGGGUCAAUUUGUUGAAAGAUGCAAAAACUUCAGUUGGGUUAUUAAUAGAUUCAUAUAGAAGUGAGUGGAUAGAAAAUGGUUGCACGAUUAUGAGUGAUGGGUGGAGGGAUGUUAGGCAACGCCAUUUGAUUAAUUUCUUAGUCUAUUGUGAGAAAGGGAUUUCAUUUAUUAAAUCUGUAGACGCAUCGGAUAUUGAGAGCAAUUAUGAGAAUUUGUGUAACUUGUUUGCUGAGGUUGUUGAAAUGGUUGGGGUUAAGAAUGUGGUUCAGAUAGUUACCGACAAUGCUGCUAAUUACAAGAAAGCUGGUAAAUUGUUAUGUGCUAGACAUUCUUCAAUUACUUGGACACCUUGUGCGGCUCAUUGCCUUAAUCUAGUGUUAAAAGAUAUUUCAGAGUUAGAGAAUGUUGCAAAGUUGGUAAAACUAGCAUCUAGGGUUACUGUUUUUAUUUAUAAUCACAAGAUGCCUUUGAAUUGGUUAAGAAAGAGAAAGGAUUGGACAUAA